AUGGAGUGUGUUAAAGAGGAGACUGAUCCUGAAUCAUUCACAAUAACACCUCAACAUACUCAACAACAAAGAGACUUGGUGGAAGUGAAAGAGGAAGGUCAAAAUUGCAAAGAACUGAAGGAUGAACAUCAGGACCACAAUAACACGUCUGACAGCUGCUCAGAAACUGAUGAGAAUUCUCAUCAAGAAAGAGUUUUUGCAUGCCAUCUUUGUGCUAAGACUUACUCACAUAAAGGGUACCUAAAGUAUCACCUAAAGAUUCACACUGGUGACAGGCCUCACGCAUGCCCCCGUUGUGAGAAGACUUUCAUCCAAAGAUGUGAACUUAGGCUUCACAUGAUGAGUCACACAGGUGAGAGGCCUUUUGCUUGCCCUCAGUGUGUCAAACGUUUCAGUACUAUAGGAAGACUUAAUGUUCAUAUAAAGUCUCACAGUACUGAAAGGCCGUACAUCUGCCCUCAAUGUGGAAAGGGUUUCUUAUUUAAAGCAAGUCUAAAGACCCACAUACGCAUUCACACUGGCGAGAAACCUUUUAAAUGCUCUCAGUGUGACAAGAGUUUUAAAAACAAGGGACCUCUUAGGUUCCACAUGCGAAUUCAUACAGACUUUGUGGAAGUGAAUGAGGAAGAUCAAGAACACAAGGAAAUAAAGGACGAACAUCAGGACCACAAUUUUAUGACUGACAGCUGCUCAGAAACUGAUGAGAAUUUCUCUCAAGAAAGAGUUAAAGCCAAAAAUGUUUUUGAAUGCCAUCUUUGUGGUAAGACUUUCUCACAUAAAGGGUACCUAAGGUAUCACCUAAGGAUUCACACUGGUGACAGGCCUCACGCAUGCUCCCACUGUGAGAAGACUUUUAUUCAAAAAUGUGAACUUAGGGAUCACAUGAUGAGUCACACAGGUGAGAGGCCUUUCCCUUGCCCUCAGUGUGAUAAACGUUUCAUUAGUAAAGGAAGACUUAAUAUUCACUUAAAGACUCACAGUACUGAAAGGUCGUACAUCUGCCCUCAAUGUGGAAAGACUUACACGUGUAAAGGAUAUCUUCAGAAGCAUAUGAUAACUCACAGUCAGACACUAAAGUCACAUAUGUCUUUUUUAUGCCCUCAGUGCGGAAAGAGUUUUUCACAAAAGGGAUCCUUUAAUACUCAUGUGAGAAGUCACACUAUCGAUGGGCCGUACACCUGCUCUCAUUGUGGAAAGUUUUUCUCAUGUAAAUCACAUCUACAGAUUCACAUACGAGUUCACACUGGAGAGAAACCUUUCACUUGCCCUCAAUGUGAUAAGAGUUUUAAACAACAAGUACAGCUUCGGUAUCACAUACGAGUUCAUACAGGUGAGAAGCCGUACUCGUGCCAUCUGUGUGAUAAGAGCUUUACACAAAAAGAUAAUCUUAAGUGUCACAUACGACUUCAUACAGGUGAGAGACCAUUUUCAUGUCAUCUGUGUGAUAAGAGUUUCCCACGCGCAAAAGACCUCAGUGUUCAUCUGCGCUAUCACUUAAAUGAUAGGCGGUUUAGCUGCGAUCAGUGCGAUAAGAAGUUUGUUACAGCAGCUUUGUUAAAAGAGCACCUUCAGAUUCAUUCAGAUGAGAGGCCGUAUUUGUGUUCUGUUUGUGGGAAGAGUUUUCAAUCACACAGAAAAGUUAAAGUGCACCAGAAGACACAUACUGGUGUGAAAAACCAUGUGUGCUCUGUGUGUGAUAAAGCCUUUUUGAGAGGCACAGACCUAAAGCGACACCAAAAGAUCCAUGAAGAAAAAUCCUGAAAGUGCUCAGAUUGCUGAAGAAUUUUAUUGAGUUUGUAAGCUGAUAAAACACAAAUGACUGUAUAUCUCACAGAGAAAAGUGCUGUCCACAAAGAGUCCACAAAGAGAACCCAUGGUUACCCCUUUUCCACCGGGACUCGUAUAGUAUUAUGAAGACUUUAGAUGCUAAAUCUGCUAAGUGCGUCUGGCGUGACUUCUUUUUUGUUUAAUUACUGUAGCUGCCAGUAUUUCUGAUUUAAUACUGCUAAAGUAUUUGAUGAACUUCCAGUAUGCGCCAAGAGCAUUCGGUUACAAUCGUUAUCUAAUUUUUACUGUAGGUAGGGUUUAGCAGCUUUUCAUCUGAACUCUUCAUAGGUUUUCGUUGACUUUUGGAGAGUACACAUCCAACACCCUCCUCUGACUAUCAACAAUAUUGCAAGAGAGAUGAGCAACACCAUGUUUCUGGGUGUGCACAUAACCGAGGACCUCUUCUGGACUACCAACAUUGCAUUAUUGGCUAGUAAACCCCAACAGCACCUAUAUUUCAUCCCGAAACUGAGCCAGAGCCCCAGCACCCAUCAUGUGCUCAUUAUAUCGAGGCACCAUUGAAAGCAUCCUGACCACCUGCAUCACUGUGUGGUUUUCAAAUUGCACGACCAUAACCUGAAAGCCCUGCAGCACAUAGUGAAUACAGCAGAAAAGAUUAGGGGUAGGCAAAGUCGGUCCUGGAGUGCCAAUGUCCUGCGUAUUUUAGCUUGAUUAGAGCUGAAGCUAAAUUCUGCAGGACAUCAGCACCCCAGUACCGACAUUGCCUACCCCUGCUGUAAGGGGAAAGAUAAAAUAUAUGCAUCCAUUGGCCCAAUGGUGGUGAUUUAUGUAGGAAAAACAUAAUUCAGAAGCCAAUUUACAUCCCAAUUCAAAUAUGAAACAAUAUUAUGAAAAACCCAUUGUAUACCUGGUAAUGAGAUGAAGAUCUGGUUACAGAUUCCUCAAAAUAAAAUAAAAAUACAUGAUGCUGUGCCAGGACAGCAUCAUGGGGGUGCAUCUCUAGAUAUAGAAAGUCCCACCUGAAUCUUUUACCAUUUUUCUUAAAUACGCAGAGAACAAAGCAUUGUGAUAAUGAUAUACUGAUUGGUUCUUGUAAGCCCAUGGGUGUUGCCUAAUAUACAUACAGUGGGUGAUUGGUCAACAUGGCUAAGGUAGGAGGUGUCUCCCAACAUUAGAUUAAGUUUACUUAUUUAUUGUCACAGAUUAACAUUGAAUCCUGUUGUCGUAUUAAUAAACACAAAUGUCUGUUUAGAAAUACAUUUUGUCAGGGUUCUGCAUCACCUUACACUGCACUACUGAAAAACAGCUUCAUCCACUAGGCUGUUAUGAAGCUAAACUUUCUUCCCUCUGUCCUCAGAUGCAAUGAGCUGUAACCCUGCACCCCCCAAUGCACACGCACUUAAUCACACAAUACUUCAGUCACUUUUAUAAAAACGCUGCUAUCCCAUCUACACAUUGUUUGCACUACAAUGUAAACAUAUUGUAAAUAUACUGUACUUUUAUGUAUGGCAAUUUCUUUUUCUCCUUUUUAAACACUGUAUAUAAUUUAUUUAUAAUUUUUAUAAUAGUUAUGUGUAAUGUUUUUGUUGUACAAUGCAGACAUGGGGGAACGUAAUUUCAAUACUUUGUAUGUUCUGUACAUAUGCAGAAUUGGCAAUAAAGUUG